AUGGCGAGUCGAAUGGUCCAGCGCAUUACCCUGAGUGGCAUGAUUUGUACAAAGAAGCAGUAUAUGGCCCGGUGUCUUCUUGCAACAUCGAUGUCUCCAUUUGGUUGUCUUCAUCGAGCUUUCUGGUUGGAAAUAUUCUAUAUGGCAGAUGAUCGAUUUCGCGGCAAGUCCUUCAGGGUGCAAGAUGCGCAUUACGGAAUGGCGCAAGCAAGACGUUUCUGCGAUCCAUCCAUUUCCACGUGCAGCCCAGUUGUUUUGCAAGCAGAUUCUCGCCACAAGCUUAGCGAUGUUACGAAGUCGUUCAAUCCUUACGAGCCAAGGCCACGACGAAGGACUAAUGUAGACCGAUAUGAACCCAACAAGGGAACUUCUGCGGCGGGACAAAGGUCUCCCAGAACGAAACGCUCCCAGAAAAGAAUGACCAUGAUGAAACGAAACAACACUCGAGUGGACAAGAAAUUCUAUGCCAAGAAUGUCAAGUCAGGACGCUUGACAGUAAGUCAACUUCCCUCGAAAGUACAAAGAUACAAGAGGUUAAUGGCGGCAAAGUUGACCUCCAAUGCGAAUUUGGGAAUUUUCAAGAAAGGGAAAACGUCGGAACCGAUCAGUUACCCUAAAGAAACGAAGUUCCUUGGCAAAGAAGCACAAUGUCCAGAAGACCCUGAGGAGCGGACGCAACAGUCUCGUGACUCCAAAGAAAGCCCCCAAGAAUUCUCAAGCGAAUAUCAUUUGGAUACAGUUAUCGAGCAAGAGCUCUUUCAAUCUCUUGCGAACUGUCAGCAACUGAACAUCCCAUAUGAGGAGUACGUCCCAGUCACCUCGAAUGUUCAAAUACUGUCAGUGGCCGACUUGGGAGAGUUAUACAGUAAGAGAAAUCAUAUAGAAUCGAGGCAAAAGAGUGCUGUUAUGUACGCUACCGGUACGAGAACCUCGGCUUACGAUCAAACAAAUGCACUUCCUCCAACACAUGCGGGAGAUAUACCUACAAAUAGUCUGACAAAGGACAAAGAGAUGUUGCUCGACCUCCUUUUGGAUACGGUUCAAGAUUUUGACGAGGAUGUGGCCGUGGAAUUCCUUGCUGAACUAGUUGACGCGGCAGAACCCAGUUCAGAGAACUGCAAGCCCCAGCCAGUCGACUUGCGAGCAGGCUCCGUGGAAGGGCCUCCGAACCCAACUGAAGAGUUUUCAUGUUUAUGCUCAUAUAAUUCUGGAAAUGAUCACGCCUCUGGGAGUCCUGUCUCCAUGACUGGGAAAAUUAGAAAUGAGACGUCGGCGAAUUUCGGUAUCCCGCAGAAACAACAUGACAAUGACCCUUCAUCUAAUGCACUUGAUGCUUGGCAUUGGAGAGACAUGGAGAGAGAAAUAAUUGCCGGAGACCACUGUGGAUAUAUUUUCUCUGGCCUUGACGUGCAUCGAUUCGGCCGAAGAGCUACGCCGGUUUACACAACAAAUCAGCCAUCUAUGCCGGCAUCCGUUCCUCCAGCUCGCCGACAUGCAACGACCGAACCGACUUUGCACCGGCGUUUUUGGAGAUGUAACAAACUCUAUUAG